ACAGACAGUACCGGCUACCAAUCCUCUUCAUCUCCCGCCCACUAUGCUACACCGCAAAGGCAACGUUCCUGCACCCCAUCCUUCCGCCCUUGCUACUGCUCGUAUCGUCGAUGACUUGGGUCGCAUUCCUUAUCCCGAAGGAAUCAAGAGUCCUAGAAUUGAGCUCAACAUAAAUGCUAAGGGUGGUAAAUUCAUGUGGGCUAAUGUUAUUUAUCGCUUACAAGUACCUGUACCGACCUAUUGAUAUCAGAUACGACCGGGAAUUCCUUCUGCAAUUCAUGUCGAUAUGCAAGGAGAAGCCCGAAUCACUUCCUGCUCUCGAUGCUAUCGGUCUUGAACCUUCGGACCAGAGUUCGUACCCUAUGAGUCGUGGUGGAUCUGGGCCACAUCGUCAGAACUCUGGACCUAUACCACCUCAGCGUCAGAACUCCACUGGUCUCGGAUUCAACCCAGGAUCUUCCUUUGGCAAAGGAGGUUCCAGUGCCCCAUUCAGCAUGGGCAUGGGAAACUUUGGGACUAUCGGCGGGUCCAAGCUCAACAGCGACGACCGAUUCAACAUGUCCAACAACAUGCGUGCUGCAUUUGCCAGUGGUGCAACUCCUAUGCCAUUUGGCCGACCUACCCAAAUGCAAAGAACGGCAAGCCAAGGUGGCCCGGGUGGUGCACCCAUGGGCAGCAACCGAAUCCGGAGCAAACGCGGCGAGAAACGCAACGACAGCAACGGAGUAUCAGUCGACGCCGGAUCUGAACACGGGAUUGGUGGUCACGGAUCUGCAGGAGCUCUCGCCCAAUCGAUACUUGAAUCCGUUACCCCAUCGCAGCAGAGCGCCAAUCGUUGGCAUAGGCGCAUGCUCAGUUCAAACAAUUCGGACUCUCCUGAUGUUGUUGACCGCAAGGUCAAGGAUCUUCUGAACAAGCUCACAAUGGAGAAUUUUGACUCCAUUUCUGAUCAGAUCAUUGCAUGGGCGAACAAGUCCGAGAAGGAAAAAGACGGCCGCACUCUCGUUCAAGUCAUUCGGCUUGUCUUUGAGGGAGCCGCUGAUGAAGCUACAUCCGAGGUGUAUGCCCGUCUCUGUCGGAAAACGAUGGAGCAAAUCAGUGCAAAGGUCCAGGAUGAUGGUAUCAAGAAUUCUGAGGGGAAACCCAUUGUUGGCGGUCAGUUGUUCCGGAAAUAUCUUCUUAACAGGUGCCAGGAAGAUUUCGAGCGAGGUUGGGUGGCAAAAGAAGCUACUGCUGCAGCCGCAGCUUCCAAGGCUAUCGAGGAUCAAGCUGCCAAGGCCGCCGCCGAGAAGAAGGGCGACGGCGAGGAGGAGAUCGCACUCUAUUCUGAAGAGUAUUACGCCGCGCAGAAAGCGAAACGACAAGGUCUCGGUUUGAUCAAAUUCAUCGGUGAAUUGUUCAAGCUGCAGAUGUUGACGGAGCGUAUCAUGCACGAGUGUGUCAAGAAGCUGCUUGGGAAUGUUGAGAAUCCCGAAGAAGAGGAGAUUGAGUCCCUCUGCAAGCUUUUGACUACUGUUGGGCAGUUGUUGGAUACAUCGAAGGCCCGGGCUCAUAUGGAUGUUUACUUUUCGCGCAUGAAGGAGCUUACGAAGAGCCCUAAUGUCAGCUCGCGUAUGCAAUUCAUGUUACAAGAUGUUCUCGAGCUGCGUGAGCGGAAAUGGAUCAGCCGUAAUGCUGUUGCCGCGAAGGCGAAAGCCGCUCAAGCGCAGGAAUCAUAUCAACGUCAAAUGUCAAUGUCUCGCGGUGGAUCCCGACGGGGUGGAGAACGAGGCGAAAUUCCCCAAGUUGGUCCCGACGGUUGGGCAGUUGCUGGCGGUAACUCUGCUCCACGGCCGCAGCCCAAGGCUGGCGAUCUGUCCAAGUUUGGUCAGAUCAGUAGCAAGGGCGCUCCUCUCACCUUUGGUCCUCAGAGCAGCAUCUACGCUGGAAAGAAAGACAAGCGAGAGUCUGUCCAGCGAACUAAUUCUUCUUCGAACAUGUUCUCCAUGCUUAAUAACGAUUCCACCCCAGAAGCCACGCCCAAAGAAAUGGUUCAACGAAAACGACUUAUCCUUGCACCUUGGUCGAAGCCAGUCGAGGGCCAGGAGAAUGCACCGACAACUGCAGAGUCCGAGGGUAGCUCAGGCGAAGAAGUUACCGCCGAACCUGAGCCUGUCGAGAUGAGCGACAAAGAUGCCAAGAAGAAGAUCGAAGAAGACAUCAAGGAGUUCAGCGCUGUUCGGAAUCUCGAUGAAGCGGAAGUUUACUUUACACAACUUCCUGCUAAACACCAUCCUCUCUUGGUUGAAAAGCUGAUUUCAUUUGCUGUCGAGUCGAAAGAAGCAGACGCACAGUUGGUGUCCCAGCUCUUCUCCCGUGCCUCGACCAAGAACCUGUGUACAAUUGCUGAUUUCGAGAGCGGGUUUGCUGCAGUGGUCGAGUUCCUGGAUGACAUUGCGAUUGAUGCACCGAUGGCGUUCAAGCUGAUGGCAACCAUGAUGAAAGGCCCGGCCUUUGAUGAUGAGCAACGGACGCGCUUAGCUUCAAAGACGGACAGUGCCAAACUUCUUGGGCUUUUAUCUCAGACUCGCUGAUUUCAUCUUGCAUCUCGUACGUACUGUAUCCGUUAUCUUAGUUUUGCAUUUUACGCUUAAAAAGUUGUGGUAAGGACCGGUCUAUAAAAGCAUUCGUCUGCAGCUUACAGAAUGGUCAUUAUCUUAUCCAUGGAAAGUCCUUGAUAAUUAUUCUCUUCGAUCCAUUCCGCCCUCUUUGCUUCGAGAACUGCCCGUACAGUGAUGGGAUGAAAAGGAGAUUGCUCGACGGGGAUAAUGUCAGCUAUUGCUAGACUCUGGUGCAGUGGAUUGGACAACACACGAGAAAGAAUAGGUCACCGCCAGA